AUAUCUGUCAAAUAAGAAUAAGAAGCGAACCAAAUAAAAUAGCGAAAAGCAAAAGUAGCAGUAUAUGCAGGGGAAAACCUUCAGCUUUAGAUUAUCCACUCUCAUUUUCUUCUUAUAGACAUAAAGUGUUGUUAUACAUAAGUUACAAUGUUAAAUAAAGUUUUAUUAUCAACAGACGUUACCCUAGCUUGUGUUCAACAUGCACUUUCAACUGAAAAAGAAGAAAUAAUGGGACUACUGAUAGGCGAGGUUCAUGAUAACAGUUCAUUGGUGUCUAUAGUCUCUUCUGUCAUAUUACGACGGCUGGAUAAAAAGCCCGAUCGUGUUGAGAUAUCUGAAGAACAAUUGGUACAGGCGACUCUAAGAGCAGAAGAGCUUGCAGCAGAAGUUGGACGACCGCUUCGAGUUGUUGGGUGGUAUCAUUCACAUCCUCACAUCACUGUGUGGCCAUCGCAUGUUGAUUUAGCCACACAAUCAAUGUACCAGCGUAUGGAUUCAAGUUUUGUGGGCAUUAUAUUUGCAGUGUUUCUCACAGAACAGACAGCUAAGGCACCUUCGAUACAGAUAACAUGUUUCCAGUCAGUCAAUGAAGGUUCAAAUCAAAGCAGAAGGGAAAUUGAAUUAGAAAUAACAAACAACAAUGAUUCUUUAACUAUAAAUAACUUUGAGAUUUUGACACAGUUACCUGCGAUACUGAAGGAGGAGGAAGAUGAAUCAUACAGCAAUGAAGCAGGCCAGACUGACACUGAUGAUAUCAUCACUAAGCAACACAAUUCUGCAGUCAGAACAAUAGCUAUAGGACAUAUUGUAGAAAAGAUUUCUAGGCCAAUGUUGGAAGCAUUGGUUGCACGAAAUGCUCUUUAUAGUGUUCGUUUACGAGCAUUAAAAAAACGGCAUCAAGAAUUGAUGUCUAUGUUGGAUAAUAUGUCUUGUAAUGUUUAGGUAUGAAUAUUUUAAAAAUAAAAAUAAAUUGAAAUCAAUGAAAUGUGUAUUCAUUAAUUUUAAAGUACA